AUGUCCGAACAACCCGAGAUUCAGUUUCAGCCUCGAAGGCGAGCAAGCUCUAACCGUCAGCGACCGAAAGUUCGUGAUGAAGAUAGGAAGAGGAUUGCUGUAGCAUGCGACCACUGUAAGACACGGAAAAUCCGAUGCACCGGGGAGCAACCAUGUCGACAAUGUUAUCUUGCAAACAUCACAUGCAAUUACCCACCUGCCUCUGCAAAGAUUGUGGUACCGGAGCUUUUUGUAGACAAACUUCAAGCCCGGAUAUAUGCGCUAGAGAAGGCUCUUUGUGAGGCAGUACCAGAUCAAGCUAUACGCGAAGAUAUUUUUGGCCAGAGAACGGAUCUUUUGGCUCCAGAAACCGAGCUAUUUCAGGCGACGAUCUUGAGGCUGGGGACGAAUCAAACAGAUUUUCGAGCUGUUCAGAGGGAUAUUCAAGUUUCAUUGGAGAUUCGGCUGGAGCAACGUUUAUAG